GCGCUCGGCUAGUACGGCUACUCCUCCUGGGCUAGCGGCCGAUCCCGGUAGAGACCCCGGUCGCGGCACCAUGUCCACGGCCAUGAACUUCGGGAGCAAGAGCUUCACGCCGCGGCCGCCGGACAAGGGCGCCUUCCCCCUGGAUCACUUCGGUGAAUGUAAAGGAUUUAAAGAGACAUUCAUGAAGUGUCUGAGAGAGAAUAGCUUUGAGAAUGCUUUGUGCAGACAGGAAUCAAAGGAAUAUUUAGAAUGCAGAAUGGAGAGGCAACUUAUGGCUAAGGAACCAUUGGAAAAAUUGGGAUUCAAAGACCUAAUAGAUGAGAAAUCAGAAGCAAAGCAUAAAAAAUUAUAAUGAAGAAAAGACAAUUCUACCCAUGUAUGGAAAUCAUAACACUAUUGUAGUACAUAUUGUACAUUCUUUUUAUAUCUUAAUAUAUUCUCUAAAGGGUUGGGGGAAACCAAAGCUCUUUAUUCUAAAGUAAGAGCUCUGAAAGAAUAAAAGUGCUUUCCUUAGAAAAUAACAUUAUGUUAACUAUUUCACAAGAAAAACAAUAUUUAGUUAAUUUCUUAGCAUAGGCUUGCAGAGCAAUAAGAAAAAUUUGCA